AGUGAGUGUUUGGUGUGAGCGCGGAGAGGCUGCACGGCGCGCACAGGCACAGAGGAGGAAGCGCGCCUCGCUCACCGCGUCAUUCUGGGUUUAGGCGUUGAGCAGGAAACAGCCUUUCCUCUCGGAUUGUCGCAGUCGGAACAAACACACUAUUUUGUCUUUGCUCAAUGCACCCCUCGGCACAGAACACGCGGAAGCCGGUCAGAAGGAAAAAUGCCUCCUUCUAUAGAGAUUACCGUCCUGCUCCUCGGCGUCCUGGCGUCUUUGGAGACGCGCCGGUGCACCAGCGCGCUACAGAUCCAACACACUUUCUCUUCUCAAAACCAGACCAAUAACUUCGUGGUGGAUCCGGUCUCUAGGAAGGUGUUCCUGGCCACCGUUAACAUGGUGUACCAGCUGAACGGGACGCUGAGCGUGGAAGUCGAGAAGAGGACCGGACCGGUGGAAGACAACCUGUUGUGCCAUGCGCCACAGCUGCCCCAGGCUCCGUGCGAGCAUCCCAAAUCCCUCACCGACAACUACAACAAGCUCCUGGAGCUGGACCGGGAGCAGGGGGUGGUGGUGCUGUGUGGCUCCGUGUAUCAGGGCUUCUGCGAGCUCAGGAAGAUUGAGAACAUCUCGGAGAUCGCCGUGGAGUUCCCGCCGCAGGGCGAGAAGACUGUUUUCCCCAGCAUGCUCAACAUCGCUGCCAAUCACCCCAACGCGUCCACGGUGGGGCUGAUCUUCAGGAGCCACGGUGGCAACACCCGGCUUCUUGUCGGGGCUACCUACACAGGGGCCGGAACCCAGUUUUUCCCCAAGAACCACAGCAAGGAGGACCUGCGCUUUGAGAACACCCCGGAGAUCGCGAUCCGCUCCCUGAACACGAAGGACUUAUCCCGACUUUUCACGUACGACAUUAACCCCUCAGAGGAUAACGUCUUCAAGAUCAAACAAGAGGUGAAAACCAAAAACAAGCUGAACUUCGUGCGCGCCUUCAUCCAGAAGACGUACUCCUACAUCGCCUUCAACAACGACGCCAAGACGGGCCACAAGGAGAGCCAGCCCAACAGCAUCCUGGCCCGGAUCUGUCUGGACACCGACAACCCCCGAAAACUCAGCGGGCCGGAGAGUCGCAAGCUGACGGAAUCCUACAUCCAGAUGCCUCUUCAGUGCGGCCGGAACGGGAACAUUUUCCCCCGCCUGUUGUCCGUGUACGCGGCGGACAUCCACGCAGGUGAGGACGGGAGCCCGGAGGAGCCCUACCUGUUCGGAGUGUUCUCCAAAGCGGACAGGAAGUCCACGCUGUGCGCGUUUAAGUUCGGAGACAUCGAGGAGGAGAUCCGACAAGGUCGGAGGAGCUGCUCCAACUCCCCGAGCAGCGACGUGCAGGUGCUGGACAGCGUGAUCCAGGGCUCCGGGGCCGCCUGCAUCCAGAAGGGCAACCUGGUGCUGCAGCCGGAGCAGCUGGACUGCGGUGCGGCCCACCUGCAGCACCCUUUGGCCCUACGAAGGCCUCUGAGGGCUGUUCCCCUUUUUGAGUACCCAGGCCUCAGUUCGGUUUGUGUGGACAACAUGCACAACCACACCGUGGUUUUUCUGGGCACGAGUAAUGGACGACUCCGUAAGCUGACCCUUCUGCCAAACAUGACCUUGGCCAGUCAGUGGACACUCAAGCUGCCGUCCAGCGAACCAGUUCACCACAUCAUGACCUUUGACCCGAAUGACAGGAACUUUCUUUAUCUUAUGACCUCCCACCAUCUGUUGAGGGUGAAGGUGGCAGAAUGUGACCAGUGGAGGACCUGUAAAAACUGUUUAGGCGCAGUCGACGCCCACUGUGGUUGGUGCACUCUCGAAAAUAGAUGUACCAUGCAGGAGGAAUGUGCUCAUGGGCUGUUCGCUCGCUCCUGGAUCAGUGUGAGUGAAGGACCCCAGCAGUGUCCAUCCAUGACCCUGACCCCCCCAGAGAUCAGCAUCACAGCAGAUAUCAAGUAUUUGGGUAUUUUAAUAAAUGGCAGCGUUCCUGAUCCAGCGGGUUCCCGGGUGGAGUGUGAAUACAGGCCGGGUGUCUCCACAGCCGCCACCGUGCACCUGGACUCCGGUCCUGCUCAGAUUCAAACCUGUCCCCUGCUCCCUUGGGAAGACUACCAGUCCAUCCCUGUGGGCAAAGAUCACUUGACAGUUGAAGUGGAAAUCAAAGUGAACGGCACAUCUGUGGUAUCUGGGAGCUUCAUCAUCUAUGACUGUGAGAGGACUGGCGCAAUAAACCCCAAAACACCAUGUGAAAGUUGCCUCAGCACCAGAUGGAAGUGUUAUUGGGACCAACAGAACCACCAGUGUGUUUCAAGUAAAGAUGACACAAAACACAAUCUCCUAGAGAAUGCCGCGUCUUGCCCCAGCCUGGUCGACACCGAGGUUCCUCCAUCACCAUCAGGGAUGACCCAGGACUUCACCAUAUCACUCGUCAACGUCCAGGAGGGAGAGGAGCUGGAGUGUGACUUUGGGACAGAGCAGCGAUAUGAGACCACAUGGUUGAACAGCUCUACUAUCAAAUGCAGCGCAGUGACGCUGUACACCACACAAAGAAGUCAAAUUUAUCAGCUCAGCCUCAAGAGGAGAGGAUACGCAGAUAAAUUUGUUGACAGUCCUGACCCCAUGACAGUGGAGGUAUAUAACUGUGGGGUGGGGAGUUGGGACUGUUCCCAGUGCUGGGGCCGAGAUGAUCAGGGCCACCUGUGUGGCUGGUGUGAGAACAGCUGUAAGCUCAGGGAUGACUGCCAGCCAAUCAGAGAUCAAUGUCCCGCUCCUGAGAUCCAUAAGAUCUCCCCCCUGAGCGGUCCAUUGGAAGGUGGCACCCUGCUGACCGUACAGGGCAAGAACUUGGGCCGGAGGGCCAGGGCUGUGACGGUCUCAAUCGGAGACAUAGCGUGCACUCUCCUGCCUGAGCUCUACACGGUCUCUGUGCAACUGGUGUGUGUCACCGGGAUGUCUGACAACGAGAGGACAGAUAUUGUCCAAGUGGAUGUGGAUCAGAGUGGGACGGGCACAUCCAAGGAGCACUUCUCAUAUUUAGUCCCGAAGCUGCUGUCUAUGGAGCCAAGGAAGGGCUCACGCGCUGGCGGAACCAGAGUGACCAUCAGGGGCAAACAUCUGGAUGCUGGCUCUGAGGUCAGAGUCAAGGUCAACAACACGCAGGAAUGUGCCAUCAUAAUGCAAACAGAUGACACCAUUGAGUGCACCAUGCCUGCAGCCUCACAGAUGCACACAGAACCAGUGUCAGUGUGUGUGGAGUUUGAAAACAUUCCUUGUCAGAAUGUGGAGCUCAGCACCACAUACACCUACGAGAAGAACCCCACCAUCAACUCCAUCAACCCAAAAAAGAGCUACCUCAGCGGUGGCAGGACCAUCACCGUGACAGGUCAGGGUUUUGACCUGGUGCAAAGCGUCUCCAUGCAAGUGCUGGAAAUUGGACUAACGGAAUGCACAGUGCUCAACCCCUCCAUGAUUAUGUGUCCAUCCCCGGCAUCUGGUCAAUCCCAGCAGGCCUUGGUGCAAUUCUUCCUGAAUGGCGUCCUUUACAAAGGAGACACUCCUGAAUCUUCUGACAGCGAGGUGGAGGAAGAGGAGGAUGAGCCUCAUAAAGGUCACUUUUUGCUAGAGUACGUGGAGGACCCUCAGUUUUUCACCGCCAACAAGGAGAAGCUGAUUAAGCACCAUCCGGGAGAGCCGCUGACACUCAUCAUCAACAAGGGGCCGAGCGAUCUGGAGCUGAUGCCGGAGGAAUACUCUGUGAUGAUUGGCUCCUAUCCCUGCAACAUCAGCUUCCAUAACGACCAGCUGUUCCACUGCACCAUCAACGAAGUGCUGAGUUCCAGUGAGAGUGAGCUGCCUGUCACCGUGCAAGUGGGAAAUUUUCGGCACACAAUAGCCAAAGUGCAGCUCGGCGGCAGUGAGCUGGCCAUUGUGGUAUCCAUUGUGGUGUGCUGUGUGCUGCUGCUGCUGUGCACUGUGGCUCUUGUUGUCUACUGCACAAAGAGCCGAAGGGCAGAGCGUUACUGGCAGAAAACACUCCUCCAAAUGGAAGAGAUGGAGUCUCAGAUCAGAGAAGAGAUCCGUAAAGGAUUUGCAGAGUUGCAGACGGACAUGACAGACUUGACCAAAGAGCUGAAUCGCAGCCAGGGCAUCCCCUUUUUGGAGUACAAACAGUUUGUCACACGCACCUUCUUCCCCAAGAUGUGUUCUGACUAUGAGAAGAGCCUGGUCCGGCCUGUUUAUGAGAACGAUGGCCUCGGCCCUCGAGCGCUGCCAGAGACACACCCGCUGCUGCAGGACAUGCAGGCCACCAAUACAACACAACCUAACAUGGAAGAAGGCAUCACUCUGUUCUCCACUCUUCUCAACAACAAGCACUUCCUCAUCACCUUUGUCCACGCAUUGGAACAGCAAAAGGACUUUGCUGUUCGGGACAGAUGCAGCCUGGCAUCCCUGCUCACCAUCGCCCUCCAUGGAAAGCUUGAAUAUUACACCAGCAUCAUGAAGGACCUGCUCGUUGAUCUGAUCGAUGCUUCCGCGUCCAAGAACCCCAAACUGAUGCUGCGUCGCACCGAGUCUGUUGUAGAGAAAAUGUUGACCAACUGGAUGUCCAUCUGCAUGUACAGCUACCUCAAGGAAACAGUGGGAGAGCCGUUCUUCCUGCUGUUGUGUGCAAUCAAGCAGCAGAUCAACAAGGGCUCCAUCGACGCCAUAACAGGGAAAGCACGCUACACACUCAACGAGGAAUGGCUGCUACGGGAGAAUAUUGAGGCCAAGCCACAGAACAUCAACGUGUCCUUCCAGGGCUGUGGCAUGGACUCGCUCUCCGUCAGAGUCAUGAAUACAGACACAAUCUGCCAGGUGAAGGAGAAGAUUAUAGAAGCCUUUUAUAAAAACCUGCCAUUCUCCCAGUGGCCCCGAGCAGAGGAUGUAGACUUGGAGUGGUUCGACUCUGGAAGCAACAGUAAGAUUUUGCAGGACCUGGACAACUCUUCAGUGAUGGAGGACGGUCGAAAGAAACUCAACACAAUGUUCCACUACAAGAUCCCAGAGGGGGCAUCGCUGGCCAUGAGCCUGAAAGAUAAGAAGGAGAACACCCUGGGGAGAGUGAAAGACCUGGAUACAGAGAAAUAUGUACACCUGGUCCCACCUCAUGAUGAGCUCAUGGAGACCAAGAAGUCUCACAGGCAGAGCCACCGCAAGAAGGUGCUGCCUGAAAUCUACCUGACACGCCUGCUGUCGACAAAGGGAACUCUUCAGAAGUUCUUGGAUGACCUCUUCCAGGCAAUCCUCAGCAUCCCCCCAGACCGCCCCCCUCUGGCUGUAAAAUACUUCUUUGACUUCCUGGAGGAGCAGGCUGACAAAAGGGGCAUCACAGACCCAGACACACUGCACAUCUGGAAAACCAACAGUUUGCCACUGCGUUUCUGGGUGAACAUCCUGAAGAAUCCCCAGUUUGUGUUUGACAUUGAUAAGACGGACCACAUGGAUGCCUGUCUGUCUGUCAUCGCCCAGGCCUUCAUCGACGCCUGCUCCAUUUCUGACCUACAGCUGGGCAAGGACUCCCCGACCAACAAGCUGCUGUAUGCCAAGGAGAUCCCUGAGUACAAGAAGAGAGUGCAGUGCUACUACCAGCAGAUUCAGGAGAUGCCUCCUCUCAGCGAGCAGGAGAUGAACGCUCACCUGGCUGAGGAGUCACGAAAAUACAGAAAUGAAUUUAACACCAACCUGGCCUUGACAGAAAUCUACAAAUACGCCAAGAGAUACCGAAACCAGGUGGUGAACGCGCUCGAGUCGAACCCGACUGCACGCCGCACACAGCUACAUCACAAGUUCGAGCAGGUCAUUGCGCUCGUGGAGGACAACAUCUACGAGUGCUGCAGUGAAGCCUGAACGUGUCGCUGUCGUUUCUACUAGCCAUUCCCGCUCCUGCUGCCAGCUGCCUUCUCACUACUGACAGAAGUCAUUUGGGAACGUCCGUCACUUAGGAGUUAGCCUUCAUAAGUGUCGUUAUUGUUCCCAAUCUGAAUAACCACAGACUGGAACAAACAUGGCCAAAUAAGGGACUCAAACUCACCUCUCAAGUGUUGUACAUUUGCGAGGCAUUGUGCACAUCCGUGUGGUUUCUCUCUUUCCUACGGACAGAGUUCCAGUCUGGCUCAACUAUGCUUUCAGCCAAAGGCGGAGGGAAGGUGUUGGAGCCUGGAGAUGGGGCUCUUUUCUGGAUGUCUUCACAGUUACUGGGACCUAAAGCCCUGGUGGCAAUCUUAACGCACUGACCCUCUACCUGAGGGAUUGAGCCAAUGAUGCACUGUACUGUAUUAUAAUGUCCAUAGCAAUAUUUAUAGAUGUGCUAUAAUGCUUUUAAGUGGCCUGUUCAUCAGGAAGAUGGAUAAACUCCUCCCAUGCCCUAAAACCUGCAAUGUUCUCAGGUGUGACUGGUGGAAAACAAACGACUCACUACCACUGGUGCUUUGCAAAGCAUAAAAAAGAAAGAAAAGAAAAACAACAUUCCCAGUGUGCUUUGCAGGUUGAUGAUGGGUGGAGGAGGAGUGGAAAGAGGAAUAUAAAUCAUUUUUAUCCACAGGUAAUUGCUGCAAAAUGACUGAAAAGUAUUGAAUCUGAUGUAAUGUAGUUCACUGGGAAGAGCUGCAUCUGUAUUGUGUGGUUGUAAACAAAUGAGAGCAAUUUACAAGAGGGAAAUUUACUUUUAAGGAGAAAAAAAAUAGCUCAGUAUAAUCAACGGAGAAGUGUCUGACAUGACUGUAUUUGUGAUGCCAAAUGAUUUGUGAAAUAAAUUACAGUAUUUAGGAUUUCAA